GAAGGAAGAAGAAUUUGUGUGACGAAAGCUUGUGAAAACCCUACUUGUACUGAGAUUAGUGAUUGCUGCAAUUUCCUCAAAAUUCCUUGUGCAAUUGAGCUUGAUAAGGCAUAUCCACGGGAUUUCAUGCAAAGAGGAAGAGUGAGAGUUUUGCUGAAGCGGGAAGAUGGAACCCCUUACAAUCCUGUCAUUCCUUCACGGAAACAGCUGAUGAUCAAUGUCGCAGAGUUGGUUCGAAGACAUCCUAAUAGGACUAAGAAGCAGGAGCCUGCAGCCUCUUCUGCAGCUGGUUCUUCAAAGUCUGGCAAGGGAGGUAGAAAGAAGAGAUAGUUUCAGGAGGCAACAUUUCAAUUUCUUCAAACUGUUUAGAGAUCUUAGAUCUAUUUAUCUCGGAAUAUUUUAGUCCUUUCUUUUUUACUUGAUUUGAGAGAUGCUGCAAAGAAGAGAGAGGUUGUAUGAGGUAUCGAAGAAUGUCCCAUAUUUGUAUCAUCGAUCUAGACAUUUUUGUUAUUUUUUCGGCCUAAACUUAGCUCUUGAUUGUUAAUAGUUGCUUCUGAUUACUUCUA